CUUUAAGGCGACUCACACCAAAAGCAUUACGAGGCAGGUCUGUGCAUUGAAAACGCAAGCUAGCUGGAACCGUACUUCCAAUCCUGGGAGUGGCUAUCACACACAUCCUCCUCACCACUUCACCGGACCAGUGUUGUAUCGAGUGUAGUGUAGCGUUGCUAUUUCACCUCAGUAGGCAGCGGUACUGCCUCUUGAGCUGUGCCCAAGAUCUCGAACAAGAGGAGAAGAUGAAGGCGGUAUCUGCCACCCUAGUGCUCCUGCUCCUCUUCAUGGUUUCUGCUUCAUUCCAGGAUCUCACCGUGGCCGCAGAUGGCGUUGUGCCGGACGUCGUCUGCGACGCCAAGUGCCGGAACCGGUGCUCGCAGAAGGCCGGCGGCCGGUGCAUGGGCUACUGCAUGAUGUGCUGCGGCAAGUGCAGCGGCUGCGUGCCGUCGGGUCCCUUCGCGAGCAAAGACGAGUGCCCGUGCUACAGGGACUUGAAGUCCCCCAAGAGCGGACGCCCCAAAUGCCCAUGAUCAUGAGGUGUUCGUGCAUGUCGUGUGUGCGUCGUUAGAAUCUGGGCCUUUCAGUGUCUCCGCAGACAUGCUAGAAUAAACAAUAUAAUGGUAGAUCUGUGUUGUGAGAAGCGUCUUUAUCCUAUGAGAUGUGUCGUCGGAGACAUGCUAGAACAAACGAUCUUCUACUGCGUGUUGUUCCAGCCGGGGUGAAUCCAGGGGCUCUAGCCCCACCUAUUGUUUCGUAGUUAGUAGAAGCCCCCUUAAGUCUCCUUAAUAAUUUUUUCUAUAGAUGAGGGAGAUGAAUAAGAAAAAGAAGAGGAAGAUGAAGAGGUGGAUGAGUCUUCCCUAUCUGACUCCUCUGCAUCACUAUUGGUUCUAGCUCGAGGUUAAUAU